UGAACUGUAGACAACAGUCAAUCUAUUUACCUAAUGCAGGUAUUUCAACCAGACAUGACUACAGCACAAAUGGUAAGGAGGCAAAGCCAUGGAAGGAAAUCCGGGGACGGCAGAACGAUUACAUUUAGCUUCCCUUUCAAGCGUUUUAUGCCCGUCUUAGCGGGACGUUCUCACGAUUGUGGAAAUUUCGAAGAAAGGGGAAAUUUGAUAGAUCUGGGAAUCCGCCUGAGAUCCAAUCGGACACUUCCGAGUGGGAGCGGGACGGGUUUAAGAUACGUAGUGCACAGCAAUGGAAAGAAGGGAGCAUGCACUAGGAGGUUUGUUGGUGGGCACCGGUGGAUAUCCAUUUUGUCGAGAAAUUUUCAUGCUUGGAUAUGUGAUUAUCUGGAAAUGGAGGACAGCGGCGUGUGGCGAGGAACCCUGAGUAUAGCGAGAGGUGAGAGGCGUCAGGGUCCAAUCUAUUGUACAUCGCAAAGCACACCGAGAGCUGCUGGUGUUGCUUUUCGACUUGGACGUCUGGCGGCUGUCUUACCAAGAGUCUGGUGAAACGUUGGAAAGAUAUAAUUCUAGAAAACAUGUUUGCUUUUGCAAGAGCUGAGGUGGUGCAGCUUGGGUGUGGUUGACAGUACCAAUAUGUUGGACGUAAUUGAUACGAGGACUCGAGCUCGAGCAACUCAACUGAAGGGUCUCGAUAAUGCACGUUAACAGAUGCACGACAUGUGAACACCCUAACUGCGUGCCUGACCUAGGUCUGGUCUAGAUGCUAGAUUCGGAGAAAGAAUCAUGGGAAUCAAAGAGAGUCCAGCGGA